AUGGCCGCAUCCGAGGCCACGGCCCACGCCCGCUCGCUGUAUAGGCGGCUGCUACGAGAACUACCACCACGACCUAUGGCCUCUCGCUCCUCGCCGCGCUCCUCACUACACAACUCAAUCCGGUCACAUUUCUCCCCACCGGCCGAGAAUACAUCGUCAGAAUACGGCCUUGCACGGCGGCAGGAGACGGAACAGUUCAUCCAGUAUUUGAGGGCGCAGAGGUUGUACGGCACACUGCUCGAGAGAUACAAUCCGGGUGAAGGCAUGGACGAGGAGGAGAGGGUGCGCUUGACCGCCAGGCGUGUGGGCAUGGAGAUGCCCGUUGAGUUUGUGUGGAAGCCGAAUCAGUGA